AUGUGGGACUGUUAUGGUUUCAUCGUGAAAAGGCCCAAAGUUCAAAGUCUUGCUUUCAUCUGGAUCGCUACUACACCCAUCAUGAGCUACACACCACAGCGUGAUGCUUCCACUCCUAGAACCGAGGAGGAAAUUGAAAAACUAGCAGAAGCUGUUCUUACUCUUCGAAGCUCUGGGUUAUUCACCGUGGAACCAACGGAGCCUUUGCUGGAGGAAAACCCAUUCUGUAAUCCACCGUUCGGUUUUGAGGGGCCCGGGGAAUUUGUUCGUACGGACAGAGGAUCAGGUCUACAGCAAGGACUUGAAGAACUAAAGCAAGACCAACAGCAAGGACAAGAGGCCAUAAAGCAAGGACAGUCAGGUCUACACCAAGGACUUGAAGAACUAAAACAGGACCAACAGCAAGGGCAAGAGGCCAUAAAGCAAAGACAGUCAGGUCUACAGAAAGGACAAGAGGCCAUGAAGCAGGGACAGUCAGGUCUACAGCAAGGACUUGAAGAACUAAAGCAAGACCAACAGCAAGGACAAGAGGCCAUAAAGCAAAGACAGUCAGGUCUACAGAAAGGACAAGAGGCCAUGAAGCAGGGACAGUCAGGUCUACAGCAAGGACUUGAAGAACUAAAGCAAGACCAACAGCAAGGACAAGAGGCCAUAAAGCAAAGACAGUCAGGUCUACAGAAAGGACAAGAGGCCAUGAAGCAGGGACAAUCAGGUCUACACCAAGGACUUGAAGAACUAAAACAGGACCAACAGCAAGGACAGGAGUCCAUAAAGCAAAGACAGUCAGGUCUACAGAAAGGACAAGAGGCCAUGAAGCAGGGACAAUCAGGUCUACACCAAGGACUUGAAGAACUAAAACAGGACCAACAGCAAGGACAGGAGUCCAUAAAGCAAAGACAGUCAGGUCUACAGAAAGGACAAGAGGCCAUGAAGCAGGGACAGUUAGGUCUUCAGAAAGGACAAGAGGCUAUAAAGCAAAGACAGUCAGGUCUACAGCAAGGACUUGAAGAACUAAAGCAGGGUCAACAGCAAGGAAAAGAGAAGAUACUCAAAGGAAUUCAAAACCUACAGAAUCCAUCAACAUCAAAAGCCUUAGAAUUGUCAAGUGAAGGUUAG